AUGUCUACCUCAAACUUGAAAUACUCUUUCAAGCUCGCCAACCAACGUGUUCUCAUCCUAGGUGGCAGCUCAGGAAUAGGAUUCGCUGUUGCCGAAGCUGCCUUCGAGCAGGGAGCUCACUUGGUCCUCUCAAGCUCCAACCAAACCAAGCUCGACAGCGCGGCCGCCCGCAUCAAAGAAACCUACCCCACCCAAGCUGAGAAGCAAACCAUCAUUACCGUUGUCGGAGAUCUCUCUGACGCACAUAAUCUCGACAAAACCUUCGAGCACAUAUUUCAAACAGCCACAUCAAAUGGUACUCACAAACUAAACCACAUCGUCACCACCGCGGGCGACGGUAUCAAUUUCCCGUCCGUUGAUGAAACAAGCGCUCAGAUAGUCUACAACACCAUGAACGUACGCUUCGUUGCUCCUGCCGUCAUGGCGAAGUUUAUCCCAAAACAUGUAGAAACGUCCAAAUCUAGCUCGGUCACUCUCACUAGCGGAGCUUUGGCUCGCAAGCCCUCGCCUGGCAGAUUCCUGGUUGGGGGUCUAGGUGCAGCGGUCGAGGGUCUUGCGCGGGGCAUGGCAGUGGACUUGGCACCUGUGAGGGUUAAUACUGUUGCGCCGGGUGCUGUGAAGACUGAGAUAUUCAAUUUCAUUCCCGAGGAGAUGCGGGAGAAGGUCUUCCAGUCCAUGCGGGAUGGAUCUCUCACAGGGACUAUGGGAAGACCAGAAGAUUUGGCUGAGAGUUAUGUUUACUUGAUGAAGGAUCAUUUUGCGACUGCAGCAGUAAUCGAUUCGAAUGGUGGAUUUCCAUUUAAAUAA